GUUACUGCGGCACCGCCCGGGAAGCUUCGAGUGCCACAUCCUCUUGCUCCUGCUGGUUCUGCUGCUGCUGCUGCUGCUGUUGCUGGUUCUGCUUCUGCGCUUGCUGCUGCUGCUGCUGCUGCUGCUGCUAUUGCUGUUGCUGAGGAGCUCGGCGGAGCUGGGCCGGCCCGCGGCCAUGGCCCAUCAGACUGGCAUCCACGCUACCCCGGAGUUGAAGGAUUUCUUUGCCAAGGCUCGGAAUGGAUCUAUUAGGCUCAUCAAAGUCGUCAUUGAAGAUGAACAGCUCGUGCUGGGUGCCUUCAGGGAGCCAGCCCAGGGAUGGGAACAGGACUACGACUCGACCGUCUUACCUCUGCUGGAUGAGGGCCAGCCCUGCUACAUCCUCUACCGACUGGACUCCCACAAUGCCCAGGGUUUCCAGUGGAUCUUCAUUGCCUGGUCCCCCGAUAGCUCUCCGGUUCGACUGAAGAUGCUUUAUGCAGCCACGAGAGCAACGGUGAAGAAGGAGUUUGGUGGGGGCCACAUCAAGGAUGAACUCUUUGGGACAGUGAAGGAUGACCUCUCCUUCAGCGGCUACCAGAAACACGUGACGUCCUGUGCUGCACCAGCCCCACUGACCAUGGCUGAGAGGGAGCUCCAGCAGAUCCGGAUCAAUGAGGUGAAAACAGAGAUCAGUGUGGAGAGCAAGCACCAGACCCUGCAAGGCCUCGCCUUCCCCCUGCAGCCUGAGGCCCAGCAGGCCAUCUCACUGCUAAAACAGAAGAAAAUCAACUAUAUCCAGCUGAAACUGGACCUGGAGCGGGAAACCAUUGAGCUGGUUCACACGCACCCCACGGAGGUGGCAGAUCUGCCCAAGAGAGUGCCCCAGGACUCUGCCCGCUACCACUUCUUUCUCUACAAACACUCCCAUGAGGGCGACUACCUGGAGUCUGUGGUGUUCAUCUACUCCAUGCCUGGAUACAAGUGUAGUAUUAAGGAACGGAUGCUGUACUCCAGUUGUAAGAGUCGUCUCCUGGACUCUGUGGAACAGGAUUUCCAGCUGGAGAUCACGAAGAAGAUGGAGAUUGACGACGGGGCAGAGCUGACAGCAGAGUUCCUGUAUGAUGAAGUCCAUCCCAAGCAACACGCCUUCAAGCAGGCCUUUGCCAAGCCCAAGGGCCCAGUGGGCAAGAGGGGCCAGAAGAGGCUUAUCCGGGGCCCCGGAGAGAAUGGGGAUGAGAGCUAGGCAAGGGCCCAGCCCUACUGUAUCUGUCAUCUGCCGAAGGCUGAGCCGGAGUGGGCUGAGAACUGUUCAGUGUCCUGGAUUGCAGUGACCUGGGGGCUCAGCCCCCCUCUUCACCGCCCUCCCUUCCCCCAGGAGUUACCGUGUGUUUGUUCUUUCCUUUUCUCUCUCCUCUUUUUCUCCCCUCUCCCUUCUCUCUCUUCUGCCUCUGUCACUGUCAGUUCUGAGGGAGCUGUGUGAAUUCCUGUCCCUGCCCCCAGCUUCACACUCCUGUCUCUCUUCACUGAGUUAACCCUGCCCUUAUCUCCUUCUUGGUCCCCUUAACGUCCAUCACUAUCCAUCCAUGUCCUCAAUCCCUCUCCCCCCAUCACUGCCUGUUGAAUGGAGUUGAACACCCACUUUUGUGUCCUGCAGGCCCCACCGCCCCCAUUUUGUUACCCCCACUGCCCAAGCCAGUCCAUUCUCCACAUUCUUGUCCCCCUCCUGUCCUCACCAUCUCCACCUUUAUCCAUCCCUGUCCUUAGUCUCUCCUGCCCAGUUUGGGAUGAUGGGGACAGGCUUUUUUUUUUUUUUUUUUGAGGUGGGGGACAGCAUCCCUGGAGGGCCCUCCCAAGUUUUAAGGAGGAGAUGGGCGGAGGGAUGUUUUCUGAGGCUGGGAAGUGGAAAUGGGCUGUUAUCAGGGUGAGUGGGAGAGGACUUUACCUGGAACUUAGGCCCGACUUGACUUUCUGAGAGCCCCCCCACCCCCCCACCAUGACAAGUGAGCUCUGGGUGUGAUGGUGGAAGUUCAACCCUUAGAGAUUCAGGGCUUGGCAGGGCAAGCAGGGGCAGGGGUGGAUCUGAGGGAGUGCAGGACUUACUGGAUUGAAUGCUGUAUUUU